AUGGAAGAGAACACGGAGAACAUCCCUGUGUAUGAGGGAAAUAUAUUUGGUGUUGAUAUGGGAACUAUCAACGAGUUAAUGAGAGACGACAGCAUCAUAGACUGCUUUAUCGUCAACCCGAGAGAUGAAAGUUCCCUCAUGGACUGUGACGACGACUUGAGUGACAUUUUCGGAGAGGGCGACCAUGGCUUGAUCCCCUUUGCAGGGCUUUUUGACGACGAAGGAAGCAUGUUGGAUGCUGAAGGAGCUGCUCCUUUGGAAAGUGAAGUGGCCAUGGUGGACCUCCCUCCGUCACCUGCGGAUAAACCAACUGUGGCUCCAGAGGCAGCGGCGGCGGCAGCAGAACCAACUGUGGCUCCAGAGGCGGAGGCAGCAGCAGCAGCUACCAAAAAGAGGGCAGGAGGGGAGCCGAGUGUGACAAAGGGUUUCAAGAGUACCGAAAUGCUUCCAUCCUCCGAACCGAAAAAGAAAGUGAGAAAGACAAAUCGAGAAGUGCCAGAUGAGGAGCAGCCCUCCUGUAGCUACCAGGAAGCCCCUUCCAAAGCCUCACCUCCGUACAAUGUGCAGGAAGCAGUUGCUGCUGUAGAAGCGAGGAUGAAGACUUUGGUGCCGUUGCGGACAACUCCUGAGCCGCAGCUCUUAAGUGAAAUGGAGGAAAUUCAAUCAACCGAGGAUGAAGGAGAAGAGGAACGCGAAUGGAACAAGACCCCUCAGAAAUUGCUCCGUGUUCUUCAGCAGAAAGUUGCCACAACUGGCAAUAAAACCAUCAGCUUUUUUGAACUAACAUAUAAUAUGGGCUGCAAGGAAGUAGGAGGAACAUUCUACUGUUUGUUGGAGCUUGCAAAUAUGCGAGCUAUUGACAUGAAGCAAGAGGACAUAUGCAGUGACAUUACUAUAAUUCCUGCUGACAAAUUCUAUGAGCUUUGA